GAAUUCCUGGAUACGUCACUAAGCGCGAACGGCAAGGUUCAAAAUUAGGAAAACAAAAGUCGGGCUCCCAGCAGCUGCGCUCCGGGGUGGGACCAGUAGGUUCAAGUAACGGCGUUGUAUUCACUCGGUGAGGGGAAGCGCAUACAACUGAAUGUUAUGAUUCAACCAUGUCUGCCUUGAAGAUGGAUGAAGAGCAAAGCCUGAAUGUGUACAUGCAGGAGUUCCGUACAAGGUUUAUAAACAGGAGUAGCGAGGAGGUGACAAGCCAGGCGUUGAAGGAGUCCUACAAAGACUCAGCACAAACAGAUGCCUGGUUCAAGAAAUAUAGAGAUGGAGAAUUAAUGAUAGAAAAAGUACUGGAGUUCAGAAAUGAAAUCACUUUGCAGAACAAGCGCAUUGAAGAAAAACAAAAGAAUAUUUUACAAGAAGCUGCCAAACAGGGUGAACAUGAGCAGAUAAAGGAAGAACUGACUGAACGCAUCCAGAGAUUAAGGGAAGAGCUCAAUAAAAAAAGAGAAGUGGCCUUAGCUAACAGAAAAGCCAAUAAGGAAAGAAUAAAGGAAUUGCAAAAAUCUGCAACUUUGUUCAGGGAGCGUCUCGGCCUAGAGAUCCGCAAACUGAGGGGUGAUAAACUACAGUUUGUCUUCAGAUGUAUUAACCCGAAAGACCUUGAUCAGCCAUAUUCUUGCAUUAUUUCUUUAAAUGCAGAAGGAGAGUAUGAAGUCACAGGGUGUGAUCCCCCUUUGGAAUGCAUUGCUGAAUUUCAAGAGAAAGUCAGAGAAACCAGAAACUUCUCCGCUUUACUUGCCAACCUGAGGAAGAGCUUCACUGCGUUGGGCUCUCAAGUGAAAUAAGUUCAGCUUUUAUGGUUUAGCUCUUAAUGUGUAUUUCCACAUAUGUUCUGAGUGACUAGCAGUAAUAUAAAAGCAAAACAAAUCUGUUUUCCAUAGACUGACUGAAACCUGCAUAAGCACCUGCUUCAUUCAGUGUUUUAAACCUAUAUGUAUAUUAUAGUCUUUGUUUAUUUUUAAUCCCAUUAUUUAAACCAGUAAUGAAAUUCUUUUCUAAAAUAAAAUGUGUACUUUUUUUUUUUUUUUUUUAAAAACAGAGCUGUGAACAUGUUUUUAAAAUGCAUUUUGGAGGCAAUAAGGAAAUUUGCUUGUUUUUUGUUUCUGCAGUGAUAAUUUUGGUUUUAUACUCUACAAUUUGCCACAAGGUGAACACAUUUAGCCAUAAUGCACUCCAACAAUUAGACAAAUCAAAUGUCCUAAUGUUAAAAAAGGAAACGCCUAAAAUGACACACUAUGCAUGCAAUGAAUGUUUUUAUAUCUGAACCUUGGAGAAUCAGAUCCUAUGCCCCAGUUAUAAUGUAGCAUGUGAUCCCUUGUUGAAGAUAUAGAAUCUUUGCAUGUGAUAUUAACAACAUGAUUCAGUAACAAUGCACUGCGAAGAACUAAUUUCAUUAGGUGUAUUGCAUUGUUUUCCACCUUAAUAAAGAAUACAUUUAGGCUAAUGCCAGAUGGGGCUGAUUCUCAGCCUGCACAUAAACACAGACUGGGAAUCAGUUGGCUUCUGUUUCUGCACCAAAGGCGCUGUCAGCCUGGGUGCAGACAGCUUAUUAGGGUGUAAAAAUACAAA